CAGCAGCGGCUGCUCUGCUCGCAUCCAUCCCGAUCGAUCCACAUGUCCUUUUCUCGUGGUGGUGCUACUCUAGCUGUGCGAGCACGUACGUGUCAACCCCCACCUCCUCCCUCCCUCCUUAUUUAGCACGACACCUCCCUCUUCCUCCUCUGCAUCCACAGCAACAGCUUCCUCUUCCUCCUCAGACCCACCCUCGCUACCUCCUAGCUGCAUCUGCUGCUAAGCUCCGCCUCCACCCGCGCGCUGUCUGCUAGCUCGUCGCGUUGAAGGUCGUUCAGGAGCAUUUUGAAGGUUGAAAGUAACCUUCGGCUGUUGGAAGAUGUAUCGGGCCAAGAGAGCCGCAUUGUCACCAAAGGUGAAGCGCCGUGUCGGCAAGUAUGAGCUCGGCCGCACCAUCGGGGAAGGGACCUUUGCAAAGGUCAGGUUCGCAAAGAACACUGAAACUAUGGAGCCUGUUGCUAUCAAAAUCCUCGACAAGGAGAAGGUUCAGAAGCUCAGAUUGGUUGAACAGAUUAGGCGCGAAAUUUGUACUAUGAAGUUAAUAAAGCAUCCUAAUGUUGUUCGACUGCACGAGGUGAUGGGAAGUAAAGCAAGAAUUUUCAUUGUUCUGGAAUACAUUACUGGAGGGGAACUCUUUGAUACCAUUUAUACCAAUGGAAGGUUGAAAGAAGAGGAGGCACGCAAAUACUUUCAGCAACUGAUAAAUGCCGUUGACUAUUGCCACAGCAGGGGUGUGUAUCACAGAGAUUUGAAGUUAGAAAAUUUGUUGCUUGAUGCUGCUGGAAACCUCAAAGUGUCCGACUUCGGUUUAAGUGCUUUAACUGAGCAAGUGAAGGCUGACGGGUUGCUGCACACAACAUGCGGGACUCCGAACUAUGUUGCUCCUGAGGUGAUUGAGGAUAGAGGUUAUGAUGGUGCAGCUGCAGAUAUCUGGUCUUGCGGGGUAAUCCUUUUUAUUCUGCUUGCCGGGUUUUUACCUUUCGAGGAUGAAAACAUCAUCGCCCUUUAUAAGAAGAUCUCAGAAGCUCAAUUCACAUGUCCCUCUUGGUUUUCUACUGGAGCUAAGAAGCUGAUCACCAGAAUUCUGGACCCUAAUCCUGCAACUCGUAUCACCAUUCCUCAGAUACUGGAGGAUCCUUGGUUCAAAAAGGGAUUCAAGCCACCUGUUUUUGACGAUAAGUAUGAAACUAGCUUUGAUGAUGUCUAUGCUGCAUUUGGAGACUCAGAGGACCAGCAUGUGAAAGAGGAGACUGAACAUAAGCCAACCUCAAUGAAUGCAUUUGAACUGAUUUCACUGAAUCAGGGACUGAAUCUGGACAACUUGUUCGAGGCAAAGGAGGAGCAUAAAAGAGAGACACGAUUCACCUCGCAAUGCCCUCCAAAAGAAAUCAUCAGCAAGAUUGCAGAAGCUGCAAGGCCACUUGGUUUUGACAUUCAGAAGAAAAACUACAAGAUGCGGAUGGAGAACCCGAAAGCAGGUAGAAAAGGCAAUCUCAAUGUUGCAACCGAGGUGUUUCAAGUAGCUCCAUCCCUACAUGUGGUUGAGCUGAAAAAGGCGAAGGGGGAUACUCUGGAAUUUCAAAUGUUCUACAGAUCUCUGUCGACCCAGCUCAAGGACGUAGUUUGGAAGUGCGGCGGCGAGGUAGAAGAUAACGGCACCGCGGCAUGAAGCACGUUUUCCAUGUACAUAGUCCCUACUGUAGUUCAUAUGUGGGAUGGAUGGCGGGUGGGCUGCGGAAUGGGUUGUGCAGAUCGAGUUCUUUCGUUGGUUUGUUAAUGAUGAUGAUGAUGAUGAAUAGGCUCCGAUGAAACAGCGGGCGCGCAGCCCACUGUGGAAGAGCCUAUCUAUGGCUUCGUUAGUUUGCUUAUUAUUACAUAUUCAUGGUCCAGAGGGAGAUUAAAGCUAGAGGCGAAAGGCCGAUUGUUGUAAGAUUGUAUUGGUAGGAGGUUAUAUUGAACAGCGCAAUGUGUUGAACUUUGUUCUCUA